AUGCCCUGGUUGCUAGAAGUGGAUCAAAAGCGCUGGGCGGAACCUGGUUGCACUUUGACGAUGCAGCAAAUGAGGUGCAUCCUGCUCCCUACAGUGGAGUCACUGCAGAUGGCUGUCCUGGGGCCGCCCACGCGCACCCCGCAGGACGCUGCAGCGGGUGCACCGCCCUGGAAAGACCGAAAUCGCCAGAGCUCUCCUGACUGUGGGCAACUGUCGGCUCCCCUGGGCAACGGACGCGUCCUAGCAACGCCCGCCGGGCGGCUGUGGCUGGAGAUUUCAGAUAUAUUUUUCGGAGCGAGAAGAGUCGAGCUCCCAUCUCCAACCCUCAAAGGCGCUUUUCUCCCGGGCCAUCCAGAAAUUUAUCCACUCGUAUUAACUACCAAGACCCAGGAAAUAUUCAACUGCCGAAUAGAUGAAGAUUUCACAGAUGAGCAAUCAUAUAAGUUCAUCAAAAAAGAUGAUAUCUUGGCAGACUUGCUGAACCGAGCUGCAGUAUCUGACUUUCACCCCGUCAAAAAAAUUGUCCGGGAAUAUCCAGGGGAGGAGCUGGUGCUCGUUUAUGACAAAGACUUCAAAUACGGACUCAACUUUUACCUCAUCGGGACUGAGGAGGGCAAGGAAAACUUUUUAAAGAGCCUAGAAGAGACAGAGGAACCAGAAGAACUCAAGGAGCACAUUCCAGAAGAUGUAUACGUCUACAAGCCACCCAUGUCCAAGCCGUGGGUGUCUUUGGGCAGUGAGAAAGAGAUUGAGGAAGAAUCUGUCAAGGAAUCAAAACGACGGGUGACAUACAUGAUCUCUAGAAAACGAAGCAAAUUUGGAGCACCUGUGACUUUCAGAGACCAUAAUGCUUCCAGCGUGAAAGAUGUCUACAUUGAGUGUGCUUCCUACGUAGAUAAAAAUUUUGUGCUCACACAAGUUGAGAAAGACAUGGGCUUACAAGUCAUCCCUGAAGUCACGGACAUAAGCACUCAGACAAAAUGGACAUUUCCUAAAAAUGCUACUACGCAAUAUUAUCCAAGACAAUUUUCAGAAGAGGAAAGAGAAACCCUGGAACAAUCAAGGUCUUUGGUCGACUUCCUCAACAGUGUGUCCACAAGCGUCGAAAUAGCCCUGCAGCAAAAUGAAAUUAUGAACACCUUCAUCGAUGACUGGAAGAACCUAGCAGAGGAAGAAAGCACUUUUGGGGACAAGUCUGACACCCACCUUAAAGAGUACCAGUCCUUUACAGACCUGCACAGCACCAUGGAGAAGAUGGUUACCUGUGUCGCAUGGCACCCAACCAUCUACGGGCUCAUAGUCGUGUCUGUGGCCGUGCGUCUCUCCUACGAAGAGAGGGUCCAGUUUUCCGGUAAAUUACUUCUACAACCAUCACUGAUUCUCUUCUGGAGUUUCUCUGAUCCCAUACACCCUCAGUUGAUGUUGGAGAGUCCAGAUGACAUCUUCUGCUUUGAGUUCUGUCCGAGUGACCCUAAUAUCAUCGCUGGAGGCUGUAUAAAUGGACAGGUUGUCCUGUGGGAUAUCACCUCACAUGCAGAUCGCAUAGAAAACAUUAAGGCUGGUAGCAGCAGAAGUAAAAAGGCCACUCUCAAGCCUAUGUUUCUCCUUGAACCAGACAGCAACAAAGAAGCAAUGUACAUCAGACACUGUGCAGUGUCUUCAAUAGAAAACGGACAUAGAAAAGUAAUCACAGACAUACACUGGCUGCCAGACUCAUUUGAGAUUAACAGAAUGGGCUGUGUCUUUGAAAAUCGGAGUGGCAUCAACUGUCAGCUCGUCACAUGCUCUGCAGACUGCACAAUAUGUUUUUGGGACAUUCGACCUCAAAAACCUGGAAGCGGAGCCACAACAACCACAAACACAACUACAACCGAGGAAAACUCACAGCCACCACCAACGCCAGGAGCCGAGAAGAAGAAAGAAGAAACCAUUGAAAUCCCCUUUGAUGUGCCAUCGACUUUCUUGCACCUGGACCUCUCCUGGAAGCCCCAGUCUCGAAUAAGACUGUCUAAGGGAGAAACGAGCUUAGACCACUGUCCAACCAAGCUGAGCCUGGGUGAAGACCCUCUUCUCUGCAGAAUGCAAGAAAAGGUGUUGAGCCAGAUCAGAGCACUGAAGACAGCAGAAAUAAACCCCUACCACAAUCUGGAAGCUGGGCUGGCCAAUAUUCUCAAGCCCAUAGAUGAUUUCUCCACGAAGUUCUUUGUGGGAACAGAGGAAGGUGAAGUGAUAUACACAGACUGGAAAAUGGAGAGAGACUCUGAAACUGGACGAUUUAUGGGAGCAGCCCGAGCAGCGUGCGUUUUCAGCAUGUACGAUGCCUUUUGCAGCCGGAUGGACAUGCGAAUGGCAUCACCUGUCUGGGACCACACACAGUGGCACAGACUGACUGGACCUCUCCUUCAGACAUGCUGUGCACCGAAGAGGUACACGGCAGGGCACUGGUCCCUGACAAGGCCUGGAGUGUUCUACAUCGGCCGGGAGGAUGGGUACGUGGACAUCUGGGACCUCCUGGAGAAAACCCAUGAGCCAGCACAGUCCCAGAACAUCUGCAUCACCAUGAUCACCUACAUCAAACCCUGGACCUUCUCCUCUAAGCAGCAGUUUAUAGCCAUAGCUGACUAUUAUGGGACUCUGCAUAUCUUAGAAAUUCCCUGGACGUUAAGUCGCCCUUCCUUUAAUGAGGUAUCGAGCGUGAACUACUACUUUGAAAGAGAAGUCAAGCAUCUGGACUAUGUCCAGCAGCGCAAGCUCAUCCGUGAGGAAGAAAAGAGAGAAAUAGCCCUGGAACUGGCAAAGAAGAAAGCUAAAGUCUAUCAUAUGACAAAAGAACAGAUAGAGGCAGAACUGAAGCUGGAAUACGACGGUUAUUUGGAGCUCGAGAAGUCUGUCCUCUUCAGUCUUGGCCUAAGCAAGGUCCCAGAGAAGGUAUCAUAUUUGGAUAUGCUUUAGCAAAGAUUCCUGAAGAUGGUUCCUGGAGUGACUCUCUUGCUCUUCCCUCUUUUUAUCGAUUGUGUUUUAUCCAAGCAAACAAAUCAUAUAUAGGUUUAUUUGUAAAUGCAGACUUUUAUUUCACUGACAUUAAAACAAUUAAAUUCUGUCAGAUUUAUCUCAA